UGGCAGGGCCUGCGUUUCUCUGUAGCAGCAAGAAUCCGUCAUCAAGACACACCAGUGUGGUUGCUAUGGGCUCCCGGUUGCCAAGUAACCAGGUUCUGCAGUGGUUUCCUCGCUUAAGGUCAGACCUGGUAUGACGGCUGCCGGCAGCAACUGGAAGUGGAAUCCAGUUGUGCGCAGUGACCUCGUAGCACGGGGUUUCCAUUCAUGCAAUGUGCUGCGAGGGAAGCUCCUCAUCUUUGGUGGCCUGAAGUCACCAGACACCACCCAGGAGCCACCCCUGGGGGAUGUGGUGGCUUUUGACCCAGCUCUCCAGACCGUUCAAACAAUCACUCCUGAAUGCGGCUACCGGCGCAGCCACCACGAGGCUGUGGUCCUGGCUGAUCGUUGGCUGUGCGUGGUGGGAGGCUGGGAUGGCUCCCGAAGGGUCUCAGAUGUGUGUGGCUUUGACUCUGAGCAGGCGCAGUGGGAACGCUGGACCGAGGGAUCCUCCAACGAGUCUCCCGUGGGGCUGAGCAGCCACACCUGUACCAAGCUAUCGGACCAUGAGGUGCGGGUGGUGGGCCGUGAAGGUGGGCUGCGUACGCAGAGGCGCUAUGCCAGCAUCUACACAUUACAUAUCAACCCUGCAACCAAGACUUACCGGUACAGAGAAGAAGAAUCUCGCACAGCCUCACGCGCUGGCCACUCUGCAAUGCUGCUGCGCGAGACCAGCUCCAGUGGAAAGAGCAGCGGAUACAAGCUUGUGGUGUUUGGCGGACGUGACUCUGCUGACUUUGACGUGGCUGGACACUGGGGAAAGGGGAAAAUCCAUGUUGAUUCUGUCCACGCUCCUGAGCUGACGGAGCAGAUCAGUUGUUUGGUCAGCACCGAAAAGGGAUCCCGGCAGGCACCCAAAGGCUUGCGGCACCAGUCCUGCACCAUGGUAGGGCCUUUUGCCAUCAUCUUUGGAGGGGAGACGUUAUCCAGAGGCAGGGAUGCCGUUUGCAACGACCUCUACGUCCAUGAUACACGGACUUCACCAGGAACCUGGUACCACUUCCCUGGUUCUGAUCGAGCCCAGAAGAGAGUUGGUCAUCGCACCUGCCUUUGGAACGACAAGCUCUACCUCAUCGGGGGAUUUGGGGCUGAUGGCAAGACACCCCGCCCAGAGAUCUGCGCUUUAGAGAUCUCUGUGUGAAGACAAGGAGCCCAUUCUGUUCAAGUGAGCCUCUGAUCUCAAGUCUGCCAAAGAGCAUCCCUACCUCAGUGGGGGAAGGUUGUCCUUUGUUUACGGUAAAAAAAAGGCCCCC